GUGUGCGUCAUUUCCGUUGUCAGGUGGUGCUUGUCGCUGUGGAAAGAUGCGAUCAGCGAAGAGCGGAGAGGCUUUUCCUUAAUUGCUCAUUUCGGUAACAGAGGCUAAAACUAAAACUAAACCCCCGAAACCAAACACCCUCUCUGUCUGUGGUGUCUCCUCUCCUGCUGAAGCGAGAAAGCCCCGCACAUCCUCACCGAAACAGGCGUUUAAACCCAAGAAACAUCCAUGUUGUAAGCAAGACAACGCAGACUUUAACCCGGCGGUUUCGGCUCGAAGAGCUCCAGUAUGUCCAAGCGGCGCUCGUCGGAGAGGGGUGCUGGAGAGACAUCAGGCAGGGCCAGCAAGCUGCAAUGUCCUGGGAUAUCCGGCAAUAACGCCAAGAGAGCCGGGCCCUUCAUCCUUGGGCCUCGCCUGGGCAACUCACCAGUGCCCAGCAUAGUGCAGUGUCUGGCCAGAAAGGACGGCACAGAUGACUUCUAUCAGCUCAAAAUCCUUACGCUGGAGGAGCGGGUGGACUCUGCAGGGGAGACUCAGGAGGAGAGGCAGGGGAAGAUGCUGCUGCACACAGAGUACUCCCUCCUUUCUCUGCUGCACAACCAGGAUGGCGUCGUCCACCACCACGGCCUCUUCCAGGAUCGAGCCUACGAAAUAGUGGAGGACAUGGAGGCCAACAAAGUGCGCAAGAUGAAGAAGCGGAUCUGCCUCGUGCUCGACUGCCUGUGUGCUCACGACUUCAGCGACAAGACGGCAGAUCUAAUUAACCUCCAGCAUUACGUUAUAAAGGAGAAACGGCUGAGCGAGCGCGAGGCCAUCGUCAUUUUCUACGAUGUGGUGCGUGUGGUGGAAGCCCUUCAUAAGAAAAACAUUGUGCACAGAGACCUCAAGCUGGGAAACAUGGUGCUGAACAAACGGACUCACCGGAUCACCAUCACCAACUUCUGCCUCGGAAAGCACCUGGUGAGCGAGGACGACCUGCUGAAAGACCAGAGAGGAAGUCCGGCCUACAUCAGCCCCGAUGUAUUAAGUGGUCGGCCGUACCGUGGGAAACCCAGCGACAUGUGGGCUCUUGGCGUGGUCCUGUUCACCAUGCUGUACGGCCAGUUCCCCUUUUAUGACAGCAUACCUCAAGAGCUCUUCCGCAAAAUCAAGGCUGCAGAGUACUCCAUCCCAGAGGACGGUCGUGUGUCAGAGAACACGGUGUGCCUGAUCCGAAAGCUGCUGGUGUUGGACCCUCAGCAGAGGCUUACUGCAGGAGAGGUGCUGGAGUCCCUCAGUGGCAUCAUUGCCUCAUGGCAGUCUGUUUCAUUGUUGAGUGGCCCUCUGCAGGUGGUGCCGGAUAUUGACGAUCAGGUCAAUCACCCAGAACAUCUGCAAGAGGCCAAGGUGAUAGAAGAGUCUUCACAGUACGAGUUUGAGAACUACAUGCGCCAGCAGCUGCUGCUGGCUGAAGAGAAGAACACUAUCCACGAGGCCAAGAGCUUUCUCACCAAGCGCCAGUUUGGCAGCAUCCCACCUGUGAGGCGUCUGGGCCACGAUGCCCAGCCUGUCAGCCCGCUAGAUGCCGCCAUCCUGGCACAACGUUUCCUCCGGAAGUAGUCCCCAACCACCCAUGACAGCCUCCCUGACCUCCCCAGGGAGACACAGACACCUGUGGAGUCCAGAGAGGACUGAGGAGGAUAAACUCGCACCAGGAGGCCCAGCCUGAACCAGGGUACAGACGGCCCCCUCAUUCGUAGGUGGGCUUUGGGCAAGCUAGAUGGAGCAGGUGUGAGGAGGGCACCAGAACAAACUGCCAAUUUAAAACUUCUCCUCCUCGUGUCUGGAUCCUCCCAGUGAAACAUGGAAAGCCCCGGAGGAAGAUCUGAACCAAAGGUUCCUUGCCCUCAGGUCACCCACAGUCAGAUCUCACUGUGCAGCCAACCUGAUGGCAGUCACACAUGGGGCUAACACAAGGCUCUGCCUGCAGUGUUGAAGAGACGAUUAACCCCGUAUUCCUCUGCCUCCUCCCUACUGGACCACUUCCCCCAUCAACUCUGGAUCCCCUAAGCAAUACAGGACCAGAAUCAUGUAGCAACCCCCUCUCUUCCUAGUGGUUAAUGGUAUUGCCUCAAGUCAGAUCACCUGAUCACAGAUGUCACUUCUCUAUACCUCCAUUCCACCCUCCUCCUCUCACUCCUUCCUCUUCCUCUCUACUGUUCCUCCCCGUACCGUAAAUGAUCCAGACUGUUCCCGUCUGUAACUCUGACUUCAAAUCAAUCUACCUCUCUGUCUCUCUUCUCUGUUGGUAAACCAUGCUCACUGUUCUGAGACAAGGGAUUGUAACAAUGGAGUCUUGAUGCCACCAGUGACAUAAAGCAUUAAUGUUUUCUGUCAGAGUGAUAAUGCUUUGAAACCUUUUCAGCGGUUUCAAAAAAAUCUGAAUAAGCUUUUUUAUCAUAAUUACCUUAAUAAGUAGCAUUUCAUCCCUACCUUUGGAUUGAAGAUACUAAAUAUCAAAAUAUGUACACAUGCAUCUUUUGAUAUUUGCAGAAUCUCCUGCUUUUGCUCAUCCCUGUGGAAAUCUAUUUUUAGCAUCUAGGCAGCUAGUGUGAGGUACCUGGAAGUCACAAUGCCAAGAACUGAAUGGGAAACACUGUUGGAUCCUCCCUGCCAAGGCAUAUUGAUGGUAACGCUUCCUCAGUGCCAUUAUAGUGGAGAUCAGGCACUGUCAUGUUUCUAUUGCCAAAAAUCAUGUCUUAAAAAAUUACUCUUAGCCAAGGAAACUGGUACCCACAGCCUCAUUCAGAAUCAAAUGGCUUCCAGGUAUUCCAACUUCCCGGUUUCUCUUAGACAGAUCAUGGGACAAAGUGUUUUUUUUUUUCAGUAUGAAUGUGAACUGUCAUUCUACGCUUUCAAUAAGUCUGCAGUAUCCAUGAGUGUGUACGUGUGUGUGUUUCGGGCCAGGCGAGAGUCUGCGGAGCUGUCGAGCUGUUAACCUCUGACAGACGCAGACCCUUCUAAGCUAUCCUCCAAUCAUUGUGUUCUGUUAUCUGGCCUGCCUCAGUGGCGCACACUGUGAAAACCAGAGCAGGCUUUGCUGAGACAGGGCUUGACCGAUUGCUUUCUUAAAGAGUGUAAAAUAUCACAUCCUAUAGCCAUUCUCAAGCCCUUUCUCCAGCUCAACUUGUACAUGCUUGUAUUAUCUCACCAUGUAGGCUCUCUAUGCAGAGAGACUAGAUGGUGGCCGGUGAUUUGAUACUGUAAUAUUUCAUAGAGAAAUGAAAAAUACAGACUCAUAGAAUUUAAGUUUAGUUGCUAGGUCUUCUUGGCUAUCGGUGCAUUCUUUUCUUUUAUCAACGGGUUCCUUCAAACCACGGCAAAGCUACUAACCAGUGACUGUUAGGCAUCUGUACACUGCAACUUGCCUUUGCGUAUUGGUACCUGCUUUAGGCUCUCUAGAUUUCUUCCUAUUUAUAUCAAACUGAUUGCAUGAACAUAGGCUCUGGAAUAUUUUCAAAUGUCUUUACUCUUUCUUUUUUUUCCUUGUAAUUUCAUGUUGAUUUAUUUAUUCACUUGUGUAGACACCCCUAACCCCCCAAACACUGGGGCUUGUAUCACAGACUAGUCAGUCAGUGAAACAGGCCCUUUGCUCUCUCAGCUUUAAAAAAGAAGUGUUGUUAAUAACCCAACAGUGGUUCUCAUCUUUAUCCUUUUCAGCCACAUUCAUGAAAGAGUAGCAUCUGUUUUUGUGUGUUUCCUUUUUUUGGAUUCCUGAAUAAUUUUCUUGCCAUUUUACCACAAAAGUCUGUGGUCAACUUUAAGCUACACUAAUAACGAGACUGACUUUGCAUAGUUAUAUUUUUUACAGAAAACAAAAAUGAUACUCGCACAUUAUCUUGAUUUACGGGAGGGUUUUUUGUAGUGUUUUUUUUUUUUUUUCCUUAUCAUUUAACCCCCAAACCCCCCCACACACAAAGCUGCACUCUCUGGUCAGUAUGUAAAUAUGUAACAUCACGACUGCGCCAGUCCUAUUGUAUGUAGUUCCACCCAGUGAGACACCAACUCUCAACACAUGCCGAUUGACGUGCAUUAUAGGCCACGUUGGCCGUCAACCACCACAUCCAGAGGCUAAAACUAUAUGUAAAAAGAGAGCUGUCGGCUUUCUCCCACCUCAAUGUGAAUCCCAUGGGUAUACAGCAGUAUUGUAGUAGUCUAGGUUGUUCAUCAGAGAACGGGUGUUUCAUGAACACCGUAGCCAUUGCUGAAUGCUGACAUUAAGUGAUCUGUGUGUGGAAAGUGUCAUCUUCCAUGACGCCCAGCUACAGAUUAGUAACUACAGGUUCAAUAGAUGUAGAUGUUAUUUUGUCCCCUCCCCCCAACUCCCACCCCCUAAUCAAAAAGUGUUUCACUUUCUAGCUAGUGGAUUGUACCGCAUUCAAUGUUUGUUUACAGAGUUGUAUUGGUAGACUGCAAAAGCAUGGACAUAGUGUGAGGUUCAGCUCUGUGUAAAACAUGUGACUGUUGCAUGAUUUUAAACUUGCAAAGUGUUGCCAGAGCAACCGAUCGACAAAUUUGAAGAUACUCCUUUGGGUUCCUACGGGAAACUACAAAGCAAAACAAAUAGAUAUGCCCCUUAAUUGGAUGAGUAGUCAAAAUUGUAUUGUUAAUUUUUCAAAGUUUUUAUGAUUAUUUUCACCCUGCUUCUAAAGUCUUUAGUAUACAACCGAUAUAUUGCUGACUGUUUCAACUGGAAACUUGGUGUAGGAUAUGAAAUGUGGUGUAGUUUAAACCCAAUGGGAUAAUGUGUUGUAAGCUGCUUGGUCGGACAUGGGCAUCUAGAUACAGAAAAACUGCGUAAUUGUACAGAUGAAAAACACGUUUGUAUAAAAAACAUAUUUUUCUACUUCAUCAGAUCUCUACAUGCAUGUCAGCAAUAAACUUUGAUAUGGAAACAUU